ACGCAAGUGAUGACGUACUCUGACGUCAUAACCUACGGGCGUGCUGAUUGGGCGCGAGUGAGGCGUGGUUGUUGAUUGGCUAACUGCUCGGGUUAUCAUCGAUUUGGAGCAAUAAUAUUUUCCCUCUUCAUAAAGAGCAACACUCUGUGUUUGUCAGUAGCAGAGGUAAUGGAAAUGAAGACCCUCAAAGCGAAAAAGUACUUAGAACGGCGCUUUUGAAACCUCCAAGUCGGUAAAAUCAAAAUAAACAAUCGAGAAGAGUUGCCAAUGCUCGCCAUCCCGCCGCCUGGAUCCAUUCGCCAGCGUUCGCCGAUAGUGUUGCCAGAAGACGCCGAGGUGAAAGGUGUUCUUCGCAGGGUUUCCUCGUGUCCCUCCCUCGUUCUCGUGAGUGGUAACAUGUUCAAGAUGUAAGCCAGGUCGCGGCAGGAAAAGCGUACUGUGAUAAGAGAUGUGAUAACCUUUGAAAUACCACCUCCCCCUCUCUAAGAAGGCGCGAGGGGAAUAAAUUUGUUGUGCAGGAAUAUUUUCCAAGUGAGAGAUGAAGAUGAAGGCGAUGAUGAUGGUGACCUUUUGCGAAUGUGAAGUACGAGGGUAUUAGAGGGAAAAAGGCUGCUGAGGUUGUCUCCACGAGGCCUGAGGGAGCCUAAAGUUGCUUGCCCGAGGACCAUUAAUUAGAAAUAGAGCCAGGUACAGGUGUUGGUGUGAGGUAGUGACAGUGCGUCCAUAAAGGAAACAAGCAACAGAGUCAACGUACAUUGACAGGAAUAUAUAUCUACGACCACAGGCAGUCUUCAUUCCAGUCGGAGGAUGAGAUAGCGAGAGGAGCCGCCAUGGUGCUGGUCAAGGAGUACAGGAUACCCCUCCCGCUCACCGUGGAAGAGUAUAGGAUCGCCCAGCUCUUUAUGAUUGCUAAAAAGUCCCGGCAAGAGAGUCAUGGCGAAGGAAGUGGCGUUGAGAUCUUGGUCAAUGAGCCUUAUGAAAAUGGCCCUGGACCAGACGGCAGAGGCCAAUACACCCAUAAAGUUUACCAUGUUGGCAGCCAUUUACCAGGGUGGCUGAAAUCCCUCAUCCCAAAGUCAGCCCUGUCGGUAGAAGAGGAGGCAUGGAACGCUUAUCCCUAUACCAAGACUCGCUUCACAUGUCCCUUUGUGGAGAAAUUUAGCAUGGAAGUGGAGACUUACUACUUCAACGAUGGGGGGCACCAAGAGAAUGUCUUCAAGCUCUCCAAUUCAGAGAUGAAACAGAGGGAAGUUGAUCUCAUUGAUGUUGUGCGAGACCAGUUGUAUGGAGCUGACUACAAGGAGGAAGAAGAUCCCCGUAAAUAUGUGUCACAAAAGACCAGUCGUGGACCCUUAGGAGAUAAUUGGAUUAAUGAGUACUGGGAAAUGUGCAAGGAUAAACCAACUCCCUUGCCUACAGGUGAGGCAAUUAUGUGUGCGUACAAGUUAUGCAAGGUAGAAUUUCGCUACUGGGGUAUGCAGACAAAAAUUGAAAAAUUUAUUCAUGAUGUUGCUCUUAGGAAGACCAUGCUUCGGGCCCACAGACAAGCUUGGGCCUGGAUGGAUGAGUGGUGGGGGCUAACCAUAGAGGAUAUACGUAACAUUGAAAAGGAGACCCAGGAUCUUCUUGCUAAAAAAUAUGGUGCAGGGGAAGAUGAAGAGGGUGAGGAGGAGGAAGGUGACAGAGGAAAUGUUACGCCAGAAGUUAACGCAGACUUGCCUCAGAGCCCUAGUGUUUCGUCUGAUAGAACCCCUAAUCUAGAACAGCUGAGUCAAAGCGAUUCCUUUAGGACUAGCAAUGAUUUAGGUGAGCGUCAUUUAUACGAGGAUGAGGAGGGAGUGGUAAAGGGAGGAAUGAAGAAUAUAAACAAUAAUAAUAAUAAUAUGGAUGGAAAUGACAGUAGAAGAUUUUCGGGUACGAGCCCCAAGCUCAGAAGAAGGGAGCUGAACGUAAGCAUGGACAGUGUUCUUACCGAUGAAACCAGAAAGAGAGGGUCUUGGUCAAGAAGUGGAUCUAGAAACACAUUAAAUUCCCAGAACCAAGCAAACUGGAGAAUGGAGAGUAUUAGAAGGGACUCAGACUCUUCAGGAAGUGAUGAAGAGUUCUUUGACUGCCAAGGGUCAGCCAUCCCCAUAAUAAAGGAAGACCUGGAGGAGACAGCUGCAUUACACAAGUGGAGUUCAUUAGAGCUUUUGCCUCAAGACAGUGAUACUCAGUCUACCAUCAGCCAGCCGGGAAAUGAAGCAGACAGUAUCUUCUCCCAGUCCUUUAUGUCAAGGGUGGCUGCUGAGCGCAGUCGGGUUCUGGGUCGCAGCAUGGAGGCCUCAGCGCCAUCAUCCCCGUCCCACUCCCCCUCUCACCAGCCAGGCCCCUGCUCCAACACUGUCCUGCUCCUAGUCAUUCAUGCUGGAUCCGUCCUUGAUCCAAAUUCAGUCCCCAGCGCAAGUCUUCAUCUUCAAGAGCCUGUAGAACAUCUUACUUUUAUGAGGAUCAGUUACAUGUGGAAAUUCAGUAUGGCAAAAAGUAUGUAUCUUUUGCUUCACUUGGUAAUUUGCUAUCUUUUUCUCUACAGUGACCAUGGCCACAGCAGACUGGAUUUUGAAGUCUCAGACGUGUUCAUGUUUGGAUGCCCAUUAGCCCUCGUAUUAGUGUACCGCAAGAUGGUGAAUGCAGAAGAUAAGAAUUGUAUGAUACAAAGACCAGCUUGCCAACAAGUGUAUAACUUAUUCCACCCAACGGAUCCACUGGCUGUCCGUUUGGAGCCUUUACUCUCUGCCAGGUUUUCUCUACUCCCUCCAAUCACAAUUCCCCGCUACACAAAGUACCCUCUCGGAGACGGGAACCCAACACAUCUGUUGGAAUGCAUUCAGACUCAUGGAGAGGUGUUCCUUGACAUUGGAGGAGCCACUGGAUCUCCGUCUUUAGCAGGACAGGCUCGAAGAAUGUCCGAUGCCUCUAUUCUUUCCACCAUGUCAGGAAUGGCAGAUACUGUUCCUCUUGCAACAAUCAAUGCUUUGAGUCAGCGCUGGUGGGGAACGAAACGUCUGGAUUAUGCUCUGUACUGCCCAGAGGGCCUUGCAAACUUCCCGACCAACUCCUUGCCUCAUUUAUUCCAUGCGUCAUACUGGGAGUCCUCAGAUGUGAUUGCUUUCAUUCUCAGACAGCUGGUUCGAACAGAUCACGCAGCUCUAACAGCAGAUGACAAAGAUCUGCCAGUGUUCUCCCCCACACAGCCCAGGGAGAAAUGGAUGAAGAAGAGAACCUCUGUCAAGAUUAAGAAUGUUGCUGCCAAUCAUAGAGGGAAUGACGUGAUUGUACGUGAAGGUGCCCCACAGUGCAUACAAGCAAGAUUCAUGUAUGGACCUCUAGAUAUGGUAGCUCUCUCAGGUGAAAAGGUGGACAUUCAUAUUAUGCGAGAUCCCCCAGGAGGGGACUGGCAGCAAAUAAGCACAGAAGUAACGGACAAGAAUGGGCGCAUAUCAUUCACAAUUGCCCCAGAGAAAGCUCUUGGGUAUGGGAUGUAUCCUGUGAAAAUGAUUGUCAGAGGUGACCACACCAGUGCUACUCUUUACUUGACUGUUGUGCCCCCCAAAACUGAGAGUGUAGUGUUUAGUAUUGAUGGGUCCUUCACAGCUUCAGUGUCAGUAACAGGCCGGGAUCCUAAAGUUCGCGCAGGAGCUGUCGACGUUGUUCGGCACUGGCAAGAACUUGGAUACUUGAUAAUCUACGUGACUGGCCGGCCAGACAUGCAGCAGCAGAAAGUUGUGUCGUGGCUGGCCCAACACAACUUCCCCCAUGGCCUAGUCUCUUUUGCAGACGGUCUCACCAGGGAUCCACUGGCACAUAAAGCUGAAUAUCUACGAGGAUUGAUCCAAGAUCAUGCGAUCGUCAUUGUGGCAGCAUAUGGAAGUUCAAAGGACAUAGCAGUGUAUAACAGUAUUGGCUUGAAGACAGGCCAGAUUUACAUUGUGGGAAAGGCCAGCAAAAAGCAACAUGCAAAUGCACAGGUCUUAAGUGACGGUUAUGCUGCCCAUUUGUCCUCGCUGUCAGCCUUAGGCAAAUCGAGGCCUGCGAGAGGAAACCCACAAAUGGUCAUUCCUCGUGGUUUCUUUGGUCUGCCUGGCCAAAACAAUGCUUUGAGGAGACGACGUUCUGCCAAACGGACUACGUCUUUUCCCGUCCUGGGAGCUUCAGCAAGUGAAGGUGUAAUCAGGUCCAGAGGUUCAUCUCACUCCCCACAUCCAAAUCAUAUGAGCAUGAGGCGAUAGUAGUACCUAUAUUCUGAACACAGAGUUGGCCUGUUAUUUAUGUUAUUAGACAAGAGGAAGAGAUUUGCUUUGAUCAUUGAUGAUGGCAAAAGGUUGAAGUGAAGGGUUAUAAGCUGUUUGACAUGUGCAGUCUGACAUUAUGACUGUUUUUGGAAGACUUGUAUGAAAAGUGACAAGACUGUAUGAAUGUAACUAUUAGAGAUUUAAUGAAAUCUUAUCAGAACAGUACAGUGAAGAAUGUGCAUUCUAUUGGAACUCCUUUUUUUUUUUUUUUUUUCCUCUUUUUUAUGAAAUGUGAUGCUUUUUCUGGUAUACAUGUAGGAGAGAAUUAAACUACUGUAUAUCUUAGUAGGAAUUGUUGCCAUACUUUAGUAUUUGUUUAAAGGAUCACAAUUAUGCAUGUUUAUACUUGGUUACGGUUGUAUGUUUGUACUCAAGUGUACAGAAUAUUAUUUGAACAUAAUAUAUCUAAAUGAUGGAUAGACUUUAUUAUAAAGAGUAUUCUCUUGAAGUGAUAAUUGUAAACUUCAUAUUAUUGAUAUUGUAAUAGAAUUUAUCUCAGGUUAUGAUUCAGUGUUACUGAAGAUGAUGCUGUGCUGUGUAUGUUACUGCUAGAAGGAUACAAUGUUUUAUUUUUUUCUCUCAUAAUUAUGUUUGUACAGUAUUAUAGAGAUUUUUUUAUCUUUUUUCUUUUCUUAUAGGUUUUCUUGUAUCAAGGGCCAUCUCAACGUAAUUUUUUUUCUAAAUCACUAGAUUUUUACUGUUCAGAUUGAAUGGGACAGAACAUGUAUGCUCGAGUCUUUUUUUUUUUUUUUUUUUUUUUUUUUUUUUUUUUUUAAGGAAACUUUUGUCUUUUAAAAUUGUGAUUUAAGCAUUAUUUUUCAUUCUCUUACAGUCUUAAUAUUAGUGUAAUUAUCAUUGUUAUUGUUGUCUUUUGUUUUAGCUAUUACUUUUUGUAUUAUCAAUAUUACAUUUUCAUGAUUUUUACAUUAAUAUAAACCAGCUGAAAUUCAUCUUCACUUAAAAAUAUUUUGGGGCAAAGAAAGUGUAAAUUUAUAUAUUCUUUUGCAUAUCAUCUUUUAGCAGUUGUAAGAAAAGUAACAGAAAUGGCAGUAUUACAUAGAUAUGACAUAAAAAAUUAUAUAAUUUGUAUUUAUUAAUGUUAUUAUUUAUUCAAUUUUCUUAAGGUAUGUAUGUUUUUCAGUAGGAAUUCUUGGAAGAAAUUAAACCCCCUUUAGUCUCAAUUUAUUCUUGUGUUAUGCAACAUGAUGUCUCAUCUUUGAGAACUGUAUAAUAUGGAUUCAGGCAUUAUGUAAGAGGACAUUCUGUGCAAAGUUCCCGCUGAUUGCCCUUGUUAAUUAACUUCAGCAGUCACUCUGUGUGUCUUCUGGUAUUAGUGAAGCAAUUUAUGUAUGUACAGACUAUUGAAAUUGUUAUACCUAGUUUUUAUGUAGCCUGAUAUUAGUAAAUUAUGUUUAUAAUGAUAAUAUCAAAACAUUUGUUAUUAGCUGUAUAUCAUAUUUUAAUGUCAGAAACAUAGUGAAAGGCAAAUAUUUAACAGUAAGUUAGAAUACUCAGUCUGUAUGUCUUAUUAACUUGGUAACUAGAGUAUAUGUUAUUUUUCUCUAAUUUAUUUAGUAUUUUUAAAUCUAUUAUUUACAAUGAAAUUCUUUGUUAAAAGACAGGUCUGUGUUAUGGCCAAAGUUUUGUCUAUUAAUCAUUGAGUAAAGUUUUGUGAAUAUAAUUUUCUCCCCCUUUACUUUUAUAUUAUUAAAUUCACUACAAAUCCUGGUCUAUAAAUAGUUGGAACAUGAAAGGCAAUUUAAGUUAUCGACAAAAGUACUGGACAUCAAUUUCUCUUUAUAUAAGAACUUGAUGGCUCUGUACAUCUUAGUAUAUUGUGCCAUCCUUAAAGAAAAGGUUUAGAAGAGUCAUAGGAAAGGAAAAGAGAGAAAAAAAGAAAGAGUUAGCAACUUUACAACACAUAAUCUGGUGGCCCUUAGUGUAAGGCAGCUAUCUAGAGAGGAUAGAGGUUUUGAUUCAGAAACACUGGAUAUGGUAAGAGAUCCUGAGAAUGCCCUAA